AGGACGGAGUUAUGAGUACUUGGCUUCAUGUCAUAUAUUCGCAAGCUAGAAAUGCCUCAUCUGAUCAACGAUUGACCGACUCUUCAAUUGGUCUGGAUAUGGAUCCAUACUCCCGACCACGGCGACAUCCCAAAGUACAGAGAGUACACGGAACACGAGAAAAGACAAGGGAGUUGAGUAAGGUAGGAUUCCUCGUAUAAAUAUAUCACUACCCCUCCCUCAGCUGAAAGAAAACACACUCACAUCCCAAACUUUCAUAAACCCCAUAUAUUCUCAUCGAGAAACACCAUACCUGAUCCCUAAUCCAAAGCACUUAACCACUCAUACCACCCCCAACGGCCCCUUGUGAUAUACACGCACAAUGUCAUCGUCAGCCCCAACCUGGCUCGUCACCGCAGCGAGCAGUGGUUUCGGCAAGUUCAUCGCCCUCGAGGCCUUAUCUCGAGGCCACACGGUACUCGCGACGGCCCGGAACCCGACCAAGAUAGACGACCUCAAGUCGAAAGGAGCAAAGACGUACGCCCUCGACGUGACGUGGGAAAUGCCCCGAAUCCAAUCUACAGUCGACCAAAUGGUCAAGGACGCCGGAGGUCGGGUCGACAUCCUGAUCAACGCGGCAGGCUAUGUCCUGGAAGGUGCUCUUGAAGAGACAUCCCCCGAAGAGACUCUGGCAGAAUUCUCGACCAACGUCUUCGGCAUGAUCAACGUCACCCGGGCCAUCCUCCCCAGCAUGCGCACCCGACGGUCCGGCAUCAUCGCCAACUUUGGUUCUUUGGGAUCCUGGCGAGGCGGCGCCGCCUUCUCCAACUACGCCGCCACGAAGUGGGCCUGCACCGCCAUCUCCGAGUCUCUCUACCAGGAACUCAGACCGCUCGGCAUCACCUGUACCGUCAUCGAGCCGGGCUACUUCAGGACCGGGUUCCUCAACCCGGGCGCCCGGAUCAAGUCCGCCAAGGUCAUCGACGACUACACCGACACCACCGUCGGGGACGUCCGCAGGGCCCUCGACACUGUCGACAACAAGCAGCCCGGGGACGUCGUCAAGGGGUCAAAGGUCGUCGUCGACGUCCUGACCCGCACGGGGGCCGCCGCGGGGAGGGACAUCCCCCUCAGGAUCGUCCUGGGCAAGGACUGUGUCCAAGGCAUCCGACAAAAGUGCGCCGACACCCUCAAGUUGCUCGAGGACUGGGAGCCCAUCAUUACGUCCACAGACCACGAUGACGCAUGAUCAGGGGCCGAACCAUUCUUCAACAAUGACAUGACGGCCGCGCACGAGAUAUGCUGCCCUGGAGCUGGUUUCCGUUCCGAUAGUUCACAAUGUUCUAGUGGAAUGUUAGGUUGAGUCUUCGUCAUGGCAGACAAAUGCAAGUACAUGACAUUCACAAGUUAAGCAAGACGACACGUCGCAAAUUCCUACCCUUCACCAGACUGUAAACAGAAGUUAAAAUUACGUACAAUGCUCAUUCUACUAUAAGGGUAUCCUUGUUCAUUAAAGUCGUAAUGGAAAGUGAAGCAACUCGAGCUCGACCAUCCUGUGGCCAAUCGUGCUGUGUUCGUCC